UAAUUCUGGUCACAUGUUUUUGCUCUUGAAAAUUCCCCUAAACAAGUCAUGUCUGGUUGGUCUAUUUAGAUACCGUGUCAGAGAGUUACUCAGCUUUUGUCUUCUCCAUCACUUCUGGUCUGAGCUCAUUUUCACCAUUUGUACCUUUGAUCCCUCCAAAAUAGACCAAACCAUUGCUUCAUCUCCAUAUCCAGCUACCCUAAAAACCAAAACCCUAAUUUUUAAUCAACUUUUCAUCUAUUAAACCAUGUAUAACCCUGACCAUACGAAGCCUGGUUCCCUAAAAUCCAGGUUCACCACAAGGUUUCUCAGGGCCCUGUCUAAAAUCCACGCUCAUAAACCGAUCUCCUCGUCUUCUCCCACGGAGAUGUUUCAACGGUACCAAAGGAUCAAGGCUGCUGCCGACAAGUCCAUGGCUUACUCGGUUAGGUCGAGGAGAACUUGGAGUAGGGCAAUGCUUUGGAAGCUUCGGACCCGAUCUUGUGGCAGAAGAUCAGUGAAGACUAGUACUAUCAUCAAGUCCCAACAAGCCAUCAUGAAAAAAACAAGACACGAGAAACAAAACGAGAAUACCACGACAACAGCAACAACAGGGGAAGAUGGGGUUGGCUUUUGUGUCGAAGAAGACGAACUGAGAGAGAUUGUUCCAGGUGGUGAAGCCAUGGAUUUAUGCAACUUGUUGGAUGAGACAGCACAUUACAUAAAGUGUCUUACCACCCAGGUACAGGUGAUGAAAAAAAUCGCCGAUUUCUACUCUCUCUGAGCUAUAUUAUAUAUACAUCAACUUAUAUAAUAAAUCCGAAGAACAUAAUUUUAAAAAGGUGAAAUAGUUUUUGUAUAGCCAGCUGAAAUAGUUUCUACCCAGAAAGUGAUGAAUAUUAUGAAUUGAAGAAACUUGCAAAAUCUGUGUCAUGAUAUAUAUAUAUAUAGUUUGUAUAGUUAUGUUGGUAA